AUGCCCUUCCACGCUUCGACAGCAAACAUGGCAGCACUCUUGAGAUCAGCACGGUUACUCAAAUUCUCGCCUUCGGGCUUGCUUCAGAUCGCAGGAACCAACAGAACCGGACCGCCGCUCAGCCGGCUGUACAGCGGAGCUCUCGGUAGCCGAAGGACCGGAGGUUGUUCCCGGCUGACGAGCCCUGCUGCAUCCAGCAGUCGUGUGUGGCCGUAUGCAGUGGGGUGUGCGCGUAGUUAUGCUGUGGCCACAGAUAAGAAGGAUGAGGCCGGCGUUGCAGUGCGAUCCAAGCAGGCUCAGCAGUUUGACUGGGCUCUGACCAAGCUGGACAACUCUGUGAGGAGGACCGGCCGCAUCACCAAGACCCUACUGCUCCACAUCUUCCACGACAUCUGCAGGACAGGGUAUCCCAGUGGUAACCAGGCCUUGUUGCUGCUGCGUAGCUGUGGGUACCUGCUGCCUGAGGUGCCUCAGGAGGAACGCACUGUGCUGGCACACCGCAUGUGGGAGAAGCUGAAGGAGCUGGGUGCCCAGUUUGAUGUUAGUCAUUACAACGCCCUGCUAAAGGUUUACCUGCAGAAUGACUUCAAGUUCUCACCCACUGACUUCCUGGCCAAGAUGGAAGCAGCUAACAUCCAGCCCAACAGAGUUACCUACCAGAGACUCAUAGCAGCCUACUGCCAAAAUGGAGAUAUCGAGGGAGCCAGCACCAUAUUGGGUUUCAUGAAGAGCAAAGAUUUACCCAUUACUGAGGCUGUUUUCAACUCCCUGGUGACAGGCCACGCUCGUGCCGGUGAUAUGGAGAGUGCGAAGAACAUCCUGUCUGUGAUGCAGGGAGCGGGAAUUGAACCGGGUCCUGACACCUAUGUCUCACUGCUUACCACCUAUGCUGAAAAGGGAGACAUGGACACACUGAAAAAGACUAUAGAGGAAGCAGAGAGUGCAGACUGCAAUCUAAUGGACAGAGACAUCAUGCAGAUCAUCCUCACUCUGGCCAAGGCCGGACACCAGCAGCACAUCCCACAGAUGGUUGAGCGCUUGAAGCAAGAGAGGGGUUAUGUGCCAGAUGCCAUGAACUUGUGUCUGAGCCUCAUCACCCAGGGACAGGAGGACACGGCUUUUACCAUCCUGAAGAAUUUCCCCACACUGCAACCUGAUACUGUGAACACAGACUCCCCCAACCUGGGCAACUUCUUCCUCAGACACUGUGUCAAUAUGGAUAUGGCAGUGGAGAAGAUCGGGCACUACUGUAAAGAGCUCCAGGACUCAAAUCUACACACUUCACCACUCGUCUUCUCCUUGCAAUGUGCUCUGGAGGCCAGGAAGACUGGUAUGUCUUUACAGCUGAUGAAGAUACUGAAGGAGCAAGGCUUACCCAUAAGGCAGCACUACUUCUGGCCCCUCCUCAGUCCGAAUAUGAAGGACAACACAGCUGGUGUGCUGGAGGUGAUGAAGGGCAUGCAGGAACUCGGCGUGUCUCCCGAUGCAGAGACUUUGACCACCUACGUCGUACCCGCCUUCUCCAGCAUAGAGGCAGCACAACAGGCCUUCCAAGAUGCAGGUGUCCUCCUGCAGUCUGUGGCCUUCUUGUCUUUAAAGGUUUGCUCAUUGGCUGUGUCCAACCUGGCCCAAGUGUACCCCCUGUUGUCGGAUCCCUCCUUCACCUCGUUGGAUCUCAGCUAUUUCCGUGGCAGCCUCAUCCUGGGCUUCAGAAAGUCUGACGAUGUGGAGAGCAUGGUGAAGAUUACUGAGCUCUUAUACAAAGACGAGCGCUUCUCCAAUGAAAGCUCCAAUCCUGCUGAAGGGGUAUCCUUCUUGUUGUACAGUCUGAUCGACAACAUGUCAGAGCAGGAGGUGCAGGCACAGGAAGACAAACUGAGAAAAUUCUUCAAUCAGCUAAAAGCUCAGAACAUAACAAUUUCAUUAAACAUCUACAGAGGCAUCAGGAACCUUCUGCAGUCUUACCACAUCCCAGAGCUCAUCAAGGAUGUGAUCACUUUGGUGGAUCCCAAAGACAGAAUGUCCAUUGGCUCAGCUGUUCCCCAGGCUACUGGAAUUGGAGUUAAUGUGCAGGUGCUUGAGAGCAAAUUGGCUGAGCUGAAAGCAGAGAACAAACCUUUAGGCUCCGUUCUCAAACAGGUCAUCCAGGCUCUCUGUGUGGAGGAGAACCUGCAGCGCGCCCUUGAGCUGAAGCAGCAGUACGAGGAGGAGGUGACAGUCAGCAGCUACACCAUCCUCAUCAACCAGUGCUGUCACCACAACAAUGUGGAGGAGGCGCUCAACCUGAAGAGGGAACUAAGUCGUAAGGACUCAUCAGCAGUGCUGGAUACCAAUAAAUACAUCGCCCUGGUCAAGGUGCUCUCCAAGAAUGAAAGAGUGGAGGAGGCGGUGGACAUCCUGAAGGAGAUGAAAGAGAAGGAGGUGGCAAUAACUGACGCACACGUCGUCAUGCUUUUCCACACACUCAACGCCCUAGCGGCCAAAGGCGACGUGCCUGUCAUCCAACAGCUGCAGGACACCAUCUUUACCCUUGGUCUGACCAAGCCCUCCGCCAAUCUCUGUUCACCUCUGAUCACUGCCUACCUGGAGAGAAAGGACCUGCCCGGAGCUCUAGAGGCAGUGCUGGAGUGUCAGAAGCGCUACAACCACAUGCCUCGCAUCCACGACAUCCUCGUCGCGCUGGUGGAGAAAGGAGACACCGAACUGCUGCAGAAAGCCAUGGACUUCAUAAGUCAGGAGCGAGGGGAGAUGAAUAUGCUGUAUGAUCUGUGCUUUGCGUUCCUGCAGACGGGCCGCUACCGUGAGGCUCGCAAGGUCAUUGAGACCCCCGGGCUGAGGGCAAGGCCUGGACGCCUGCAGUGGUAUGCAGAGAAAUGCAUUCUUGCCAACCAGAUGGAGGCCUUGGAGCAGAUGGUAGACAUGACGGCCAAACUGUUUCAGUGCGACAGAGAUGAGAUGUACAGUUACAUCCUCCGUCUGUGCAAGAAGACAAACAACUGGGAGAAGGCCGAGGCGCUGUGGACAAAAAUGCAGGAGGAGAACAUCAUUCCCAAGGAGAGGACCCUGCGUAUGCUGGCAGACAUCCUGAAGAGUAACGGCCAGAAGGUGCCCUUCGAAGUGCCUGAGACGUGGUAUGAAGAAGCUGCCACCAAGCAGCAGGUGAAGGCAUCGACCACCCCCACCACAGCAGAAGGUGUUACUGAAUACGAGACCCGGCUGUUCACCCUCUGCAAGAAGGGCAGAGCCAAAGAAGCCUUGGGGAUGCUUAAGAAAUCUGAUAAAACGGGUGUGUCGUUAACCCCUGCCACAUAUGACCACCUGAUCCGUGCGCUGUUGGCUGAGGGAGCCAUUGAGGAUGCCAUGGGAGUCAAGGACAUUGCCGUGUCUCAUAUGCCAAACUUCCAGCUGAGUGAUAUCGCCACCAGUUUGGUCGUCAUCUCUCUCUGCAAGAGAGGCCAGGCCAAAGAUGCUUUUCAGCAACUGAAGUCUAUGCUGCAGGAGGACCAAGUGCCCUCGCAGCUCGCCAUCACCAGACUGGUUCAGGCCCUAGGUAGCCACGGUGACGUGGCUGGCAUCCAGGAAGUGGAGUCUCUGAUGAAGGGCCUCGGCACAACCCUGAACCUGUCCAGCAUGAUGUUUGUCAACAACACGGCACUGGGACACAUCAAGAAUGGUGAUGUGGAGUCAGCAGUGGAGCUGCUGGAGUCAGUCUACACCAGUCCAGACAGCACAAACCCCAGUAUGUCCUUCGUCUUCAGGAAGAUCUUGGAAGACAACAACGACAAAGCCAUAGACAAGUUGAGUGCUAUGGCAGAGCGGCUAGCCAACCACUUUGCCUGCUACAGACCAGCUUCAGACCUCUUCAUCCAGCUGCUGGAUAUGGACAAAUUCGAGGACGCCAAGUUCAUGUUGGCCCGCUGUAACGCCGUGGCUGAACAGAAGGAGGUGCUGAUAUCUUUCUUGACUCGAAAAGCUCAGAGUCCUGGACAGGUGUACAAAAUCAAGUCCCUGCUGAGCCUGAUUCCAGACUUCGCCGAGAAGGAGGUGUUGUACUCGUACCUGAUGAAAUGUCACAGUCUGGAUAAGGACUUACCGUCAGCCAAGGCUCUGCAUGAGCAGAUGCAGAAGGAGGGGAUAGUCGCAGAUGAGCUGUCACUCAAACGGCUGGCUGGGCUUUACCGCCAAGUGGGAGAGCCGGUGCCCUUCAGUGAGCCCCCUGAGUCCUUCAAGUUUUAUGCAAACAAGCUGAAAGAGAAACUUGGCAAAGCCCAGACGACAGCAGAGGAAUAAAAAGAUUCAUCCUCCUCUCCUCUUACCUCCUUCCAAAUCCCACUCGUUUCUUCCUUUGUCUCUUGCUUUUUUUUUUAUAUAAGUUGUUUGAGCUGAAAUUUUGAGUAUUAUGUGUUGUAUCUGUUGGAUGUUCGACUCUGUCCGCUGUGAAAUUGAUAAUGUUGACGAUGAAGAUGUUGAGAAUGUACAGAAGUAUUUAUGCUAAUAAACAAAGUUAGGAAUCCA